AUGGACUUCUGUUGGAAAGCAGAUCCUGCAAAACGCCCAACCGCGGCUACCCUUGUCGGAUAUUUGCGAGGCAGGACACGGAAAAGGGCAAAGGACCAAGUGAAGCCAAAAUCCAGGGGCAAGAAGAGUCUCUCAGCAGAAAGCGAUAAGAUAUCACUAAAUAAGCAAAUUGAUGAUGUUGCUGGUCUGAUUAAGAACUGCGAGAAGGCUAGAGGGAAAUAA